AAAGCGAGCAACGCUUUAAUAGUGGGAUUGUAUUUUCGUCUGAUAGCUGUGGGUCUUUGUAACAAAAGUGGGAAUGUUUAAAGUCAGAUUUCUUAUGAGGUCAGGCAUCCUACAAAGUCCACUAGACCUGGUUCAGCCCUGGGGGUUACAGGAAGUUGUAGCUGCCAUGUUUAACUGCUUUGUUGUAGAUUCCUUGUAGGUUUCCUGCAGACUUUAGCCUGUGUUGCAAAGUGUUGCAAUGGAACCGAGCUGGAGUACGUUUUUAUUCCAACAAGCUAAUGAGGCUUUGCAUCACCAGCACCAAAUAGCUGGGAACAGCCUCUUGCCGUUGCUCGGUUCAGGAACAGAGCCACCUGAUCAGAAACCAGUGCUGCCCAUUCCCUUGGACCAAAAACCCCCUGUCAGUGCUGCUGAACUUCUUAAAGACAAUGUGGCGAGUGGGACUGGGGGUGGUGGUGGAGGACCUUCAGUUGCUAUCGUCAAAAAGGAACCUAAAUCAAAGACACCUUUCAUCUGUGGCUACUGCAGCAAGGCUUUCCGGGACAGCUACCACCUCCGGCGGCAUGAGUCUUGCCACACUGGCAUUAAGAUGGUUUCACGGCCUAAGAAGACACAGACAGCCCCUACCAUGGUGCCACUCAUAUCCACUGUACCACGUGAGAAUAGUGGAAACUCUUCCUACAUUACUACUGUAGCUGGUAGCCUGACUACAGCAACCACAUCUACAUCCACAGGCACUAGUAUCAUGACACCAAUGCAACACCAACAGCAGCAGAGCAUCCCUAAGAAGCACCCCAAACCGGUGAAAAAGAAUCACGGCUGUGACAUGUGCGGUAAGGCCUUCAGAGAUGUGUACCACCUUAACCGGCAUAAACUGUCGCACUCUGACGAGAAGCCCUUCGAGUGUCCCAUCUGCCAGCAGAGGUUCAAGAGGAAGGAUCGCAUGACAUAUCAUGUCCGCUCCCAUGAUGGUGGAGUCCACAAGCCUUACAUCUGCUCUGUCUGUGGAAAGGGCUUUUCUAGACCUGAUCACCUAAGCUGUCAUGUCAAGCAUGUCCAUUCUUCAGAGAGGCCAUUUAAGUGCCAAGUAACGGCCUGUACCUCUGCCUUCGCUACCAAAGACCGCCUGCGAUCCCACAUGAUUAGGCAUGAAGGAAAAGUGACCUGCAAUAUCUGUGGCAAAAUGCUCAGUGCUGCCUACAUUGCAAGUCACCUCAAGACACAUGGCCAGUCCAGUUUCAGUAGCCCAUGUAACAAUAAAGGCAUAAGUGACUGGCAGUGGAACCACUCAGGGCCACGAAAAGGUGAGUUGACGGUAGGAGAGAUUUUAAAUAACUCCUUCCAAGUCCUCAUUGACAACUCUCACAAAGAUGCCAAUAAUGUCCACAACAACAACAACAACAACUCGGCCAGUACGACACCAGUCACCAACUCAGCAGCCAUCACCACGGCUGUAAACCGUGGCGGCAGUGCAAGCAAUCCUGUCACCAUUGCUACUCAGAUGAACAUUGCCACCAGCACAGUGAACAUCACGUCGCCAGUCAACCUGCAGCACCCUGUCACCAUCACUGGCCCUGUGAACCUGGCCUCCGUUAACAUCCCUACAACGGCACACAUGAAUAUUGCUCACCCAGUGGCUAUCACCACUCCCAUGCAAAUGAAUAUCACCGGGCUAGCCAUGCGGCCCAUGGAGAGCAUGCCAUUUCUAUCCCAAGUCCUGCCUUCCUCCCCUCCUUGGUAGAUCUGUUUCAGCCCUUAAUGUUUUAACUGAUAGUGUUUUAACUGCCUAAUAAUGAAAGACCCUGUCAAAUCUAAAUGGUUUGAUGGUGCAUUAAACUGAUAACUAAUGUUGUGUCCCACAUGGUUGGUACUUGCACAAGUCAUUAGAAGGCAUAAUUUGUCAAAUGUAAAUCUUAAUUGUAUGUACAGGAAAAAAAAUGUUUCAAAUACUUUUUAUCAUGAUGGAAAAUUAUUUGGAUUACACUCAGUCCUUGUAGAUUAUUGGCCUACAUAGCAUGGGGGAGAAUCAGUCAAAUCACCAUAGAUUAAACUCCUCUAUAAUGGGAUGAUAUGGAUGAUAGUUCAAAUAUUGCGAUAUGGAAAAUAUCUGGAAAAUGAAUUGAGAACAAUUUUAUUGAUACCAGAUGGACGUUUCUGUUUUUUGGUAUCACGGUGAAUUAAUUAUGUGGCAAAUGAUUAAUUAUCUGACAAAUUAAGGUACUUCAUCACAUUGAUGCAAAUAUCAAAUAUCACAGUGAAGCAGUCCUGUUCAUGGAUUUGCCCACACUGGCCUAAUAUGCCAACGGGGAGAGAUACUUCACUGUGACCCAUAUGGCAAAAUUUAUGACUGAUAACAGAUGAUUAUUGCAUGCAUCUAUCAUUUCAUUCAACCCACAGCUAUGACUGGUUCCACACUUAGUCUCAAAUAUGAACCAGUUAGGUUUGACAAAAAAAUAAUUCAUCAUGUGAUGUCAUUUACAAUUUUUUUUCCUACAACUGUCUGUCAAGGGCAUUGCAGAGUCUUGAUCAGUAGAUGAAGGUUGCUCAGUUCUUGAGCUGUCGACCAGUGAUGUAACGUAACUAGGAACGUAACCACUGUAUCUGGUCAAAGAUGGUCUUUCGUGCCAGAUGUGGUUGACCUCCAAUCUUCCAGUUUAGACCUUGAUGUAUAUUUAAAGAUUGCCUAAAUGAUGAAACAGGUACCACAUCAGAUAACUUCUGUCACAUGUUAAUAUGAGGUGACCCCAUGACAUGGCUAUUGGUGGAUAUUUGCAAUGUGGUCUACCAUUUUAUGCCAAAGAUUUUGUAAGUGUAGUGUCCCCCCCAGUGCCAUGUUUUCAAGGUUAAUGGGAGAGACCCUUUUUAAUAGUAUCAUGAUUACUAAAUUCUCUUUUGAAAUGCAAGCCUCCCACCCCUUAUGACUCCUUUGGACUGCCACUUCUGGAACUGGUAAUGAUUUUAGUGGUACUAAUUUUUUUCAUUAGAAGUCAAUAUGUUACUUAAGUUGAGAUGUUGCAUCAUUCCCAAUUCCCAUUAUUUUGCAAUAAUAAUUUUAAAAUGUGGUUGAGUAUAUUAAUGUUAAAUUACAUUGUCAGAUUCAUUACAUACAAGCAAACCAGUAUUUUCUUCCACUUGACUUGGUUUAAAAUUAUUGGGCAGUUACAACAAUAUCAGCUGUUCACCCACGUCAUGCUUGUCUCUUUUCCAAACAAUACUUGGUUCUACUAUGACAGGUAGUUGAGGAUAAGUCAGUCCUUGGAGCUGUGUUGGCAGCUAUGGCGAGGCAAACCCUUUUAUAGGCCUUUUCCUGAAUUCUAUAAUUUCUGUUUUGCCAUUGAAGGAUAAUGUAGUUAUUAAAAUUAUUUUCUCAUCUGGGCAUCUGACUCCAAACAUGGCUAAUGCAUGACACUUUACCUUAGGUAUUGUUUAAUAAUUCCUUUAAUGGGAGUGUAUUGCCGGAGGUGUUCUAAAUUCUUCCUCUUCUGGCAAAUUUAAUUUCAUUUUCUUUUUUUUCCGUUGUUACUUUAGUGGACGUAUCAGUAUUUGAUAGUUUAUGAAUUUUAAAGUUUAAUUACAAGCGAAUCUUCCAUUUUGGAGGAGGGUGUGUUUAAGUAUUUCACAGAUGGUUUGAAGACUGUUGAGAUCAACUCUCCCCAUGUCUGCAUUUUAAAACCAGUCACUCACUACUGUGGAAAACUCUACACAAGUUUGUAUGUAUUUAUAUCAGGACAUGACACUUGGACAAACAGCAAAACAGAUAUGUCUCAUACUGAACACGUCUCUUUUGCCUGUAAUAUGGCAGUAUUAUUAAAGGUCAGAUGAUUUAAAAUUUUCAUUACUGAGGACUUUUUAACUGUAAGAGCCACCCAGCAAUCAUUGGACUCUGUGCUACGAAAGGAGUCCCAAAGUGAACUUAAAUGGUUAGAUUGUUAACUGUAGCAGGUAUAGGAUACCAUCAUUGUCUGUCAUACUCAGGAAUGUUACUGAGAAUAUUCUUUUAACACCAUAUUUAACGAUUUCCACUCUGGCCAUUUCUUUGUAAAUAUGAAACCUUGUUUUAUUGCCUUUCACCUGUGCCAGAGAGAAUCUCUCUGUUUACCACAGGCUACCAAUGCAAGAACUGUAUCACUGCUGAUGUGACUGUCCAUCAAGGAGAGGACAGAGAAAUGAGCAGAGACCAAUUCAAGGAGAAAACUGUAGUUACUUUGUUUUUAUUAUGAACAAAUUCCAUAAAAUGCUAAAAGCCAACAGUUUAUCCUAAAGAAGUAUGACUUCAUAUGCUACCAGUAUGCCGUUGAAUUGGCUGAAAUGAUGCCUUAGUGUAGUCAGAUUGUCAAAGGCAAGGCAGUGAAAAUACAGACAACACAAAAUAGGUUUUCGGUGCUUGUCAUGGAUUCAUAGAGUCGGACAGGAUCAACACUCAACAUGUACAUCCAGUGAGUAAAACUGUCCCUACAACAGCCCCACAUCUAUUACUGUGUAGGUAUUCACACAUGUUGCAUAAGUGAGUGGACAUAACAAUUCCAUUUUUAUACAUACUUUCAGUAGGAAGUCAUUGUUGACAAUGGGUGUUUUUGACUGAAAUAACUGAACUUUUUUUUCAUCUCAGAGUUUCAACUCUGGGCCAGCAUACAAGACUCAUUGAAAUGUCAGACAGCACUUGCUCUAUGAACUUAAGAGACAUUGCAUGGCUGUUACAAAGAUCACCAAUCUUGUCAGUGUGUGUUGCAGAUGUCUUGUAUUAUCUAAGAAAAAAAUCAUCAAGACACAGUGUGUUGCAUUCUUGCUGGUUCUACCUGCUGAAAUGUAGCUGUCUGGUUCAGAGAAUCCUGGCUCUUGAUCAGGUAUGAAAUCUCGAUCUUGAUUUCAUUUGUAACCCACAAUGGUCUCACUUGGGUGUGGCGCAAACAGGCAUAUGACAUAGGAUUUUGCUGAGGGACACUUUUAUGCCAGAGACAACCAUGACAUCAUAGCAGAGGAAGGCCAUUUAUGUCUGAAAGCACAGGGGUGCAGAGAGAAAAUGGUGCAGCUCAUGUUAGCUGAAAUCAUGAACAGGCAGCCACAGUCUUCUAUGUCAGUCUUAUUUUAUAGUUUUACAUGAUGUUGAAUGCAGUAACAGUAGAAAGGACCAUCUACCUCCAACCUUUGGGUGCUGAUGUUUGCAUGAUCAAUUUUGUCACUAUGUCUGUAUGUGUGGCAGCUCUCAUCAGGGCCAGAGAUAAACAGGCAUUUGAUUGCCAUUGUUUCCGUUUAUCUCUAACAAACAAGAUUGUAUGACAUGUACAUCGACCAUGUCUAAUGAUGAAAGUAUUUAUACCCUAUUCUGAUAGUCUACCAUCGUAACUUCUUCCUCACUUCAACCUGUAGCCUGAUUGAGCUCAGUGAACUCUUUUUUAUGUCUUUGUAUUCUCCAUGUUAAGAAUUUUAGCAUGGAGAUAACUGCCCACAAAUCCUCAGUCUCUGUGAAGAUAUUCAAGGUGAUGCAUUUUGUUGAUCCCACCUCUGAGAAAGGUACAGAACCCUGCCAACUGAAGGUUGUGCACACUACAGAGGACUGGCAGUUAGGAGGCAAUCAAUGAGACUAAUUGUAUGCAUGCCAACACUGCACCAAAGGAAAUGUCCUAAUGUGGAAAAGGUGUUGUGACCUUGGAAAUAGAUUGGAUUUUCCUUUUUUUAAAUUUAUCCUUUAUUGUUUUUUUCCAGUGUUGCAUGUGGGUGACUGAGUUUGUCCAGUUUGAGUAUGGAAGGUUAGUGAUUUUUUUUUAUGAAAACAAAACACUAAAAUGCGAUGAAAGAAGGUGUGUAGUGUCAUUUGUCCUUCAGUGGCUGUAAACAAGUGUGCCUGUAAUCCUCUGCAAGAUCUUUCCACACACUAAUGCAUCUUUCUCUACAUGUAGUGUGUGGCUAAGGGCCCCACAGGACUGGCAGCCCAGCCAUGUUGUGGCUAGUUUGCAUUUUACACCUUCUGAUUGUAAAGGUAUUUUAUUCUACAUCAGGAACAACCUGGAACUGAGAUCAUUUAAGUCAAGUCCAUGUAAAUGUAUCAGUCACAUGGUUAAUUUUUUUUAUAUACUUUUUUUUUUUUUAAUUUCACUCCAACCUAAUGUGAAAAGCAAACCAAUUAUUUGGCCAAAUAAUGAUUUGGAAGGUAAUUUAUGUAUUAUGUUUUUUAUUUUUAUUUUUUCUGUGAGGUUUGUAUGAUGAAUUUGGCAUGAUGUGAAGGCAAAUGAAUGUAUAUCUUUGUACAAAACAUUUAGUUCAGAUGACAUGUUAGUUAUGACAAACAUAAAAGAAAAAACAACUUUUAUAAAUCUUUUUGUAUUAGAACAUUAACAGCGGUAAUUUUUGUAUAUACUAGGCUUUCUGAUUAGCAGAAAGGUAAAACAUUCCUACAUUUUUUUUAAAUGUAUGUCCAUUGAGAAUUAUGAUGGAAACAUAUGCGCAAUGUUUUAUGUGCCUUUUAUUUGGGUUUGUCUAAAUAAAAGAAAAAAAUAAAAAUUAUUGUGGACUGUCCAUGUUGAGUUCCACAGAGAAAAGUCAAUACUGUCUGUCUCAGCUAAAUCUCCGGACUGACCUCACUGUACUGAAGAUGCUCUACUAGAUCAGGAGCUCCUUUCUGGUCCUAAUUGCUUUUCCUAGCAUUAGUUAAGGUUUAGGGUGUUUAUACUGUAACAAAGUCCCCAGCCUGUGUGGGUGUUUCUGAUCUUCAGCCUCCUCAGUGUCUUCACUGGCUCUCUGGUUCACAGCUGGCCUCCAGAUUUAAGUGCCUCUGUGACAUUGCUUUUUGGAAUGGAUUGUGGUGGAUUUGUGCCAAAUAAUGGUCUGUAUAUGACAACAAAAGCAUUUCUGUGUUUUUUUUUUUGUUCUUUAAACUAUUAAACUUGAAAAAAAUGUGA